GUGUAAUAUUUAAAAAAUGGUGCAGAGUCGGUGGUGCUGUCAAUUUUCACUUUUCAAUUGCUUUCAUAAAUCCCGGAUUUUGGCUCACCAGAGAGGGAGAAGCAAAGUGCGUGAAACGAUGUCGCAGAACGGAAAAUUGAUGCCCAAUCUCGACGAGAAGACGACUAAGGUGCUUAAUUUGACAGUGCUUCAACGAAUAGAUCCUUUGGUGGAGGAAAUUCUCAUCACUGCCGCUCACGUCACCUUAUACGAAUUCAACAUCGACAAUAGCCAAUGGAUAAUCUGGUGGAGAAUCUCUUGGGAGAUUUUGAGUAUGAAGUGCAGGUUCCGUAUAUAUUGUAUCGAAAUGCUUCCCAAGAGCUGUGCUUUCUGUUUAGGUAACUUUGGUCAGAAUCGACACGUUCAAAAGUUUGCUUUGGGAUUUACAAUAAUUGUUUUGGGCCUGGAUUCUUAUGAGCAAUGUGGAUGGAUACUUAAUGCGUAUUCCAAGGUUCCUACAAAGUCUAAAGUAUCUUCUGCAAAAAGUGUCACAGAUGUUUCAGAUGACCCUUCUUCCAUAAACUUCUUUGGUGCAUCGAUGAAUAUUGGAGGUCUGUCCAACUCAUCAAUUCCUGGGAAGCCAUACCAUUCCCCUGCAGCCGUUAUUCCCGCAUCUCAUCCUCAUACUACUCCCCUGCCCUCUCUACCGACUUCCCAAACAUGCCCUAACUUACCUGCCUCGACCCCUUUAAUGUCUAUCGUGGACGGCACUGAACCCAACACUGCCUCCAAGCACCCGGCCAAUCUCGUCAAGCCUUCGACUUUCUUCGGCCCUCCAGCUUCGACAUCUUCGCCAGCAAUCAUACCUCCCAUCUCUUCAUCCGUGCCCUUGACUGGAUCUCAGUUGAAUCCUCCUGCGAGUCUGCAGCGACCUUAUGGCGCACCCUUGCUCCAGCCCUUCCCACCACCGACUCCCCCGCCAUCUCUCACUCCAGUUUCUUUGCCGCAGUCAAACUAUGGCCCGUUGGAUAAUCAAUUCAUCGACAUGAGGCGGUUGUGCUUUGCACAGAUAGAGAGAAGCGAAGUGAGUGAAACGAUGUCGCAGAGCGGGAGAUUGACGCCCAAUCUCGACGAGAAGACGACUAAGGUACUUAAUUUGACAGUUCUUCAGCGCUUGGAUCCUUUCGUCGAGGAAAUUCUCAUCACCGCCGCUCAUGUCACCUUCUACGAGUUCAACAUCUACGACAGCCAAUGGAGCCGGAAGGAUGUUGAAGGCUCCCUCUUUGUUGUGAAAAGGAAUACUCAGCCUCGUUUCCAAUUUAUAGUAAUGAAUCGUCGGAACACUGAUAAUCUGGUGGAGAAUCUCUUGGGAGAUUUUGAGUAUGAGGUGCAGGUACCAUAUCUGUUAUACCGAAAUGCUUCUCGGGAGGUCAAUGGAAUAUGGUUCUAUGACCCACGAGAAUGUGAAGAAGUUGCAAAUUUAUUUAGCAGGAUACUUAAUGCAUAUUCUAAGGUGCCCAUGCCUACGAAGUCAAUUGUAUCUUCUACUAAAAGUGAGUGUGAAGAACUUGAGGCAGUUCCUACAUCGACAUUAAUAGAAGUUCCUUUGGAGCCACCAUCUUCUACAAACUCAAAUAUCACAGAUGUCCCAGAUGACCCUUCUUCCAUGAACUUCUUCAGUGCGUCGAUGAAUAUCGGAGGCCAUCCAAACGCAUCAAUCCCAGGACAGCAGUACCAAUCCCCCUCAGCCGUUAUCCCGACAUCUCACUCGCAUGUUAUUCCCCUGCCCGGUUUACCAUCUUCCCAAACGCACCCCAACUUACCUGCCUCGACUCCUCUAAUGUCCAUUCCCGAUGGCACAGAACCCAACACUGCCACCAAGCUCGUGAAGCCAUCGACUUUUUUCAGCCCGGCCGCUGUGUCGUCUUCACCGGCUAUCAUACCUCCUGUCUUGUCGUCUGUGCACCAGAUUGGGUGGAAUCCCCCGGAGAGGCUGCAGAGACCUUAUGGUGCACCCUUGCUCCAGCCCUUUCCACCACCAACCCCACCACUGUCUCUUACUCCGGCUUCUGAACCACCAUUGAAUUAUGGGCCGAUGGUUAGCAGAGAGAAAGUUCGGGAAGCACUUCAGGUGCUUGUUCAGGAUAAUCAGUUCAUCGACAUGGUUUAUCGAGCAGUGUUGAAUGCGCACCAGUCUUGAUGGACGGUGGAGAUUACUGGUUGUGUUUUCAGUUCUCUUUGUUGUUAUAAAGGGAAAAUCUGUAGAAGUUUACCGUUGUCCAUUGGUAGGUUUGUAUAUAGUGAUUUGUUUUAAUUUUAAUGUUGGAGCUAUUUGGUUUACUGUUGCAUUGAUCUUACAUUUGGUUAAAUGUAAAGGCAUUUGGUCGAGUCUACCUUGUGGAGCUGUUCAAAUUAUGUCAACUCCACAUUUUCUGGAUAACGUGUUCCAUUUUUUUCUAGAAAUUUAGGGCGUGAUUGAAUACAAAAAUAUAUUGGUUUUAACUGGAU